AUGUUCAUGUUGGACGUAGAAGACGACAGCUUUCACGUCACACGUGAAGGCUACUCCCAUCUGAGUGACUCAGAAUGGGAUACAUUCGGCCGCAUGAGUGUGCCCAUGGGCGAACCCGCCAUCAGUGGCAUGUUGAAGUCUCAAAGCAGAGACCAGCAACAUGCUUCUAUCAACAAGUUCCUACAGGGGGAACUUGCCGUCGAAAGACAGAAGAUAGCCUUUCUACAAAAGCAAGGAUCUCAUCAGUCGAUGGGCGGGCCGACGCACAUGCGUCGAACCAAAACCGUGAAGAUUGAUAUCUCAAGGUACAAGGGAAUCGAUGAAGAUUCCCUUUUGAGAUGGUUCGUCGAGUUAGACGAUGCCAUGAGGGCCCGUCACAUCGAGGGGCUCAAGCUUCACGACCCGAGCGUGUUUGAGUCGUUGAAGAUCUUGAAGUCUCGGCUUAAAGAGACGUUUGAGCCGCCGAGAGCCGAGUUCAGAGCACGCUCUGCACUCUUGAGGCUCACGCAAGGUAAGCGUGACGUGCACGCUUACGCACAGCACCUGCGCUACCUUGCAAGUAGCGUCACGGAAAACCCUGUUGAUGAGCAUACGCUCAUCAACGUGUUCAUCUACGGCCUUGUGGAUGGGUCGGUGAAGACCCACAUGUUCCAAGAUGAUUUCUAUACGCUGGAAAGGGCGAUAGCGUAUGCGGAACAAGAAGACGUCAGCCUGUGA